UGUAAGUGCGGACUACUGUGUAUUUGAACACAAAUAAUAAGAUACUAGACUACUAGUUGUUAUUGUCAACUUUUGUAUUACAUUGGUAUUGUGUUUGUCUCAUCGCGUGAAGGUAGAUGCUUUAAAAGAAAGGAGUACGCAGCGGAUGAUGUCUUCUAAGGCUCUGAGAUACACUAUAAAAACAACAUUGCGCCCUUCACCGCAGAUUUACGAAAACUUGUUUGUGCUCGAUUUUGAAGCUACGUGUGAUUAUCCAGAACAGAUUUCACCGCAGGAAAUAAUAGAGUUUCCAUGCUUGAAAGUUAGUGGCAAAACAUUUGAAGUUCUGUCACAAUUCCACCAUUACAUUAGGCCAAUAUGCAAUCCUCUGCUGUCAGAUUUUUGUGUGGCCAGGACUGGAAUAAUUCAGGAGAUAAUUGAUAACUCCGAGACAUUUGAGAGCAUUUUUCAGCAGUUCAGAAUAUGGCUUCACAAUAAUGACUUCAAUAACAGAUGUGUGUUUGUAACAUAUGGUAACCAAGAUUUCGAAAGGCUGCUGCCAACUCAGUGCCAGAUUUCAAAUAUUGCUGUUCCAAGCUGCAUGAGAAAAUGGCUUGAUUUGAAGAAGUGCAUCGCCAGGGCAACUGGCCAUUACCCAUCCAGCUUAAAAAGUGCUGUGGAAAGAUUUGGAAUAAAAUUUUCUGGCCGCCAGCAUUCUGGUAUAGAUGACUGCUACAACAUGGUUUCAAUUAUGAAACUCCUGGCAGAGAAAGGAUAUGUUUUCAAUUAGCUCCAGUACAUAAACUGUGAUGUGGCAGGAACAGAAGUGUUUUCUUUUGCCAUGAGUAUGGUGCCAAAUAAUGAACUGAGGAUUAUACACACGGAAUUGGCAAAAUAAUUAAGUUGAAGAGGUUUAUUACUACCUAAAAUUAUGAAGAAAUAUGUAUAUACCUUCACGACAAAGGAUAGUGUGUUUUAUGUUGAUGUAUACCAGUAUUGUGUAGGUUUUAAGAGAAAAAUUAACUGCCACACCACAUCUGUGUAAGGAUUGACUAAUUUUGGACAUCAUGUGAUGCAUGUUUGUGUUGAGAUGGUCAGAAAUAUCUGCAGUCAGAUCUGAUUUCUGAAAUGUUUUCCUAUUAUAUUUUUUCUCUAUUUUUGAUACAGCCAAAGUUUCAUAUAGUAUGUUGAAUGUAUUAAUUGACUUUAUGUAUAUGUUUUCUGAUUUUGCUAGUUUAUGUCAUAUUUUUUAUGACUGAAGUCACUGAAAAGUUACAGUGAAGUGUGAAAAAUGAAGGAGAUAAGUUGGUUAUUUUAUUAUGUAUGUGAACUUGAGUAUAUUACUUUAUAUGACUUUUUUAUCUGGGUGGCCUAAUUCACCUGCUGUGCUAUUAUUUUGGUGCUGUAGAUAUUGAAAUCAUAUAGGAAAUGAGUAUGACAGCAUUAAUGUUCACCAGUAUUAUAUUAUGCAGAGGUUGAUGUCAUAUAGAGAUUGAAUAUAAAACUGAAAAAUACAUGUGAAUUGAUUUGUAUCUGUACUGCCGAUAUGAAUUUAUUUUAACUAUUCUUGUAACAGUCCAUCAGUACAGUCCAAAAAGAAUAAUCAUUUUGUGUCAUACGUGUAAUUAUAAUGGUAGAGUGUUUUCCGUAUUUAUCUGUUGGACUUAUCCUUUUAUUGCAGGGAAUAUUUUUGUUGUGCGUACUGAAAGUGAUAUUUGUUUGUACAUGUUACUUAAAUACAUUAAGAAUUGGUUAGUCAGUAUAUGUAUUAUAGCACAUCCAGAAGACUGUGUUUCUUAGAAGUUCCAAUUGACAUUUAUUGAAGGAGAACACAUGUCCACACCACAUGAAGUUCUGAUGUUGUACUUUGUUAUGGCAAUGCAAUUUAUACUAUCUGUAAACUUUUUGUGUUGGUUUGACUGUUCCAUCGGUUCUUGGUAGAAUAUUUCACACACACCAGUGUCGUGUGUGUGUUUUCAUCCAUAAUGCAAACUUUUUAUUGAGCACCAACAGAGGGCGGACAAGCAAGCUCCACCUUCUUGGCACACUGCUGUCACAAUGUGCACUUAUUUUGCAAAACUGAAAGAAUCUUUUUACCAUAUUUAGUAAUUGUACUUAUUGUUAUAAAUUACAUGUCAGUACUCAAGAGCACUGCAUUCACUAAGGAGUUGUUCUCAUUGAGGCGAUACAACAUAUGAUAUGACUUGUUCUAAUAAAGGUCAUGUGACAUGUCAGUUCUCCCUGCAACACUUGUGUUGCCACAUUAGCAAUAUGUCAAGCAACAAGACAUGGCAGGUGGCAAUAGCUUCAUGUGUGAUGUGUUGCUGCAAGUCUCAUUGUGGACAGCUUCCAAAUAUGUCACAUAUUUACUCAUAACUGAAAGAGGUAUGACUCUCCCAGUGUUAAAAACGAUUUUGAUGCAUUACACAAUGGGAAAUCCAAGGUGGGAUAACAACAAUAUUAUGAGAAGUAUAGAUUGCUACUCACCAUAAAGUGGAGACGCUGAGAAACAAACAGGCACAAGAAGAAGACAGAGUGUGUGUGUGUGUGUGUGUGUGUGUGUGUGUGUGUGUGUGUGAUUGUUUUGUCUGCUUCAAAAGAAGGCCUUUUGGCCAAAAGCUUACUUGUUUAGCAGUCUUUUUGUUGUGCCUGUCUGCAACUCAGCAUCUCCACUGUAUGGUGAGUAUCCUUCUGAUAAUAUUGUCAUUUUUCCCAGUGCAAUCCAGUUUAGUCAUUUCUGCAACAUUUUUUAUGCACUCCACCAAUGUGGGUUGCUUCGGCAUUGUAUCACGAGUCACAUUGCAUAUCAUAUUGCCUCAGUGAGUACCUCCCUAAUAGCUACUGCACACAGGUUUGUUUGGUCACUGACAAUGGCAGUAGGGGUAUAAAAUACAAGCUGCAUGACGUCUUGAGAGUUGGAUUAAUUCAGAACUAUGGAACUGAACACUCUAAAGUUUCCGGGUAGGAUUGUCCCCCUCCCUCUACCCAACCUGGAAAAAUCUGUGAUCUUGAAUUUUUAGUGACUUUUUUGUUUUGUUCGUUUUUGCAGAAAUGUGAUGUAGUUUGUAUUGUCAGCAACUGAAUUUUGUUGCAUGUAAUAAAAAAUAUACACUCAGAA